AAACACCAAUCAACAAUGGCAACAAGAAUAAUUUUCAAUCAGCAAAAAAAUCUAUGGAAUUAUCAUCGAAGAUUUUAUUAUUCAACUGAAAAAAAUCUAACCAAAUUCAGUUCAAUACGUAAUGAUUAUUAUAAACGUAAAACAUCAUUAUCAUCAUCAUUAUCAACAACAUCAACAUUUGGUAAUGGUGGUAAACAAUCAACAACAAAUGGCCAAUCAACGAAUGGCCAAUCAUCAUCAACAUCAACAAUUGUAAGAGAAUCAUUUGCAAAUCGUCAAGAAUUACGUCGUGCACAACGUGUUGUUAUAAAAUUAGGUUCAGCUGUUAUAACACGUGAUGAUGAAUGUGGUCUUGCGUUAGGUCGUUUAGCAUCAAUUGUUGAACAAGUAUCCGAACUACAUAAAGAAGGUCGUGAUGUUUUAAUGGUAACAAGUGGUGCUGUUGCAUUUGGUAAACAAAAAUUAGCAUCCGAAUUACGAAUGUCAAUGUCAAUGCGUGAAACAUUAUCUCGUGCGAAUGAUCAUCUGCAAGCACGUGGUAUGACUUUGUUGGAACCACGUGCAGCAGCUGCUGUUGGUCAAUCUGGAUUGAUGGCCCUUUAUGAUGCUAUGUUUGCACAAUAUGGUAUAACAAUAGCACAAAUUCUGAUUAAUAAAACAGAUUUUCGUAAUCCAACAUCCCGACAGAAUCUAGCAUCAACUGUAUUUGAAUUAUUAAAAUUUGAUAUAAUACCAAUUAUCAAUACAAAUGAUGCAGUCGUAUCACCAGCAUUACCUGAUGUAGAUUUAGAAGGUGUUAUCAGUGUUAAUGAUAAUGAUAUUUUAGCUGCACAUUUAGCAGUUGAAGUUAAUUCGGAUGCUUUGUUCUUGCUUUCGGAUGUUAAUGGUAUUUAUACAAAACCACCAAAACAAGAAGGAGCUAGGCUAUUGCAUACAUAUGAUCCAAGUAUUGCUGAAAAUAUUACAUUUGGUGAAGGUUCACGUGUUGGUACUGGUGGUAUGGAAUCAAAAGUUAAUUCAGCUGUUUGGGCAUUAAAUCGUGGUGUUUCGGUUGUCAUUUGUAAUGGUAUGCAAGAUGAUGCUAUUGCUAAUAUUAUGUCCGGUAAACGUGUUGGUACAUUUUUUACACAAAUACCUGAACAAAUUGAAUCAACACAGGCUAUGAUACAAAAUGCCAGACAAAGUAGCCGUUUAUUACAGAAAUUAACUGGCCUUGAACGUGGUGCUAUUAUUCAUCGUUUGGCAAAUUUAUUAGAAGAACGUAUCGAUACGAUUUUAGAAUCAAAUGAACGUGAUCUGAUUAAAGCACGUUCAUCAGAUUUAGCAAAACCAUUAUUAGAUCGUUUAGCAUUGAAUGAAACGAAAUUAAAAUCAUUAUCGAUUGGUCUGCGUCAGAUUGCUGAUAGUUCAGAAUCGGUUUUAGGCCGUCAACGUCGUCGUACACGAAUAUCAAAUGGUCUUGAUUUAUGUCAAAUUACUGUACCACUGGGUGUACUAUUGGUAAUAUUUGAAUCACGGCCAGAUUGUCUACCACAAAUUGCAGCCUUAUCAAUUGCAAGUGGAAAUGGUCUGUUGGCUAAAGGUGGUAAAGAAGCAUGGGAAACAAAUCAAACAUUACAUCAAUUAAUACAGGAAGCAUUAUCAUCAAUAUCAUCCGAUGUACGAAUGGCUGUAAAUUUAGUUAGCACACGGGAAGAUGUUGCCGAAUUAAUUCAAGCUGAUAAUGGUAUUGAUUUAAUUAUACCACGUGGUUCAAGUGAAUUAGUUCGUUCAAUACAGGAACAAAGUCAAAAUAUACCUGUAUUAGGUCAUUCUGAAGGUAUUUGUCAUGUUUAUAUUGAUGAUCGUGCUGAUAUGGAUAAAGCAAUCCGAAUUGUUCGUGAUUCAAAAUGUGAUUAUCCAUCAGCAUGUAAUGCAAUUGAAACACUGUUAUUACAUCGUGAUCUUAUUGAUCGACAAGAUGAUGAUUUUUUUCAUCGUCUUUGUAAUACAUUAAAACAAGAAUCCGUACGUUUAUAUUCUGGACCAAGAUUACAUCAAUUGUUAACAUUUGGUCCACCAAAAGCCAAAAAUCUACAAACAGAAUAUGGUGGAUUGGAAAUGGCAAUCGAAAUUGUUGAUGAUUAUCAUCAAGCAAUUGAUCAUAUUAAUUUUAAUGGUAGUGGUCAUACUGAUUGUAUUGUUACUAAUGAUGAAAAUCGUGCCAAAGAAUUUUUAAGAGAUGUUGAUUCAGCAUGUGUAUUUCAUAAUUGUUCAACAAGAUUUGCUGAUGGUUAUCGUUUUGGUUUGGGUGCUGAAGUUGGUAUAUCAACUGGUCGUAUACAUGCACGUGGUCCAGUUGGUAUUGAAGGUUUAUUAACAACCAAAUGGCAAUUAGUUGGACAAGGACAUGUUGUACAGGAUUUUGAAAAAAAUGGUUUCUGUCAAUAUGAACAUCAAUCAUUACCAAUUGAAUCGGAAUAUCAACAACAACAAAAUUCAAACAAAUUAAAUGUUGAAAUUGAUUCUUGAAAGGAUGUUUUCUUCUUAUCAUAUUAUAUGUAUCAUUCUUUGUUCUUUACAAAUUAAAAUUGUUGUAAUUGAGCAAAUAAAUUUCGUAAUUUUUCUUUAUUA